AUGGCCUCCCGUGUUGACGCCAAGCUGCUGAAGCAGACCAAAUUUCCACCAGAAUUCAAUCGGAAGGUGGACAUGACAAAGGUCAACAUUGAAGUUAUGAAGAAAUGGAUUGCCAAGCGUAUAUCUGAGAUCCUCGGCAAUGAAGAUGAUGUUGUUAUUGAGAUGUGCUUCGGGCACCUGGAGGGUCCACGCUAUCCCGAUAUCAAAUCCCUCCAGAUCCAACUUACCGGUUUUCUCGAUAAGGAUACCCCUAAAUUUUGCCAGGAGCUAUGGUCAUUGUGUCUGAGCGGCCAAGAAAACCCGCAGGGUGUUCCGAAAGAGCUUCUGGAAGCUAAGAAGCUUGAGCUCAUACAAGAAAAGAAUCAAUAUAGCUCGAGGCCGAGAAAGCUGCCGAAGCUUUGCGCCGACAGAAGGAACAAGAGCAAACCCGUGAACGCGAUAUUGAUAAUAUCAGACGCCAAGAGCGUUCGGACCGUGGUCGAUUUGGCGGAAGAGGUGGUGGCGGUCGCGGAGGCCGAGACUUUAACAGAAGGUCUCCUCCUCCUAGAGAUCGGGGCCAUGAUCGAUACCGUGAAUCUGGGCCGCGACGCGAUUUCGACUCCUACGUUCCACCUGAUAAUCGCAGAGGCCGUCGGCCGUCUGGCACCUCCGCGCAAUCUCGCUCUCGAUCUCCACAACAGUCAUCUCCCCGUCGAGACCGUGACGCGCCACGCCAACGACACCGUGAACGCCGUCGCCGGUCUCCCAGCAACUCAGCAUCCCCGGAUCGACGCAGGCGUGGAGGACCGCGAAGGCGCAGUCCGGACUACGGUGACCGUGCUAGAUCCAUUACCCGCAGCCAUGCAUCCCGCUCACGUUCCCCCAGAGGAGAUCGCCGCAGAAGAGACGAGUCUCGCUCCAGAUCCCCAUCUCGCUCCCGCCGCUCAGGAAAAUCCACUAGGACCCGCGAUCACGACCCCCGACGCCUGA